AUGGAAAAAAGCUGGAACUUUUCAAAUGAGACUUGUAGAAUUGUUUCUGAAAAAGAAAAAAGAGCCUGGUUUGCAGCUUUCGUCAUCGAGUUUAUUGUCAUCUUUAUACUGAAUGCUUUCACUCUUGCCAUCUACACAAGAAACCGUCACUUACGCAAGCCCAGUACGUACCUGAUAAUAAAUCUGACUGUGGCUGAUUUACUGGUGGGAACAGUGACCGGCUCUUCGAUGUCAUUCGAACUACAUAACCUGGAGACGGAUCUGGUACUGGAACAAGAUUUUAGCUGGCAAUCAUUCGUGCAAUUCACAUUACAGGAGCUUUUUUCGGUUGCUUCUUUAGCUAAUAUUUCAUUGAUUUCUUUAGAGAGGUUACACGCAACACUUUUUCCCUUUAGGCAUUGUCUUGUUGGAAAAAGGGUUUACCUAAUCAUUAUUUUGUGUAGUUGGUUGUUCUCCUUGAUUUUGUCAUCCGUGUUUGUUCUUCUUCAUUUGCACGCAUCGCCGUCUUUACUGUAUGUCUAUGCACCUUACUAUUUUCUGAUCAUUCUCACUGUCACAGUUUCAUAUGCUAUAAUCAUCUCAACUGUAAAAAACAAGCCUCUCUCCCCCAAUGCUGGACCAGUUCUUUCAACAGAGAGGAAACUAACGGUGACUUUAUUUAUAGUUACUGUGGCUUCUCUUCUGGCCAUUCUUCCUUGGGUUAUUUGGAAUGUUAUCGCCAAUCACAUGGGAAGUAAAUUAAGUAAUGCAGUCCUUUUCCGUAUCAGUAAGUCGUUUUUAACACUAUGUCUUUUCAAUUCUAUAGUAAAUCCCCUAAUAUAUGCAGUAAGAAUGCAAGAGUUUAGGAAGGCAGCAAGGAAACUUUUUUUACUAACACACUAGAAUCAACGCGGGCUAAACCCAGUGAAGUUCUUACAUUAGGUGUACCACGCUAUAACUGUAAAGAACGAAGGUAAGAAAUGGGAGAUCUCCUUAGAAAAACUCUAACGAGCUUGCUGAUGCCUUCUUGCCACUAGAUAUCAUUUGUAAUCUUAAGUGUAAGACAGACAUGAGUGGCCAAAGAAAAAAAGGUAAAAAGAAAAGAAAAGCAAACAUUUAUGAUUAAAAAAAUAAUAAGCGUACUGCCGUGAUAGACAUUGUUGGAAAACAAAAUAUAACAUUUAACUUGACCUUUCGUUCAACAUUAAACUUCUGGAGCAAAUAUUUUGGCUGCAACUUUUGCAUUUCCUUACGCAUGUAUGUCUCAAUGCUCACUGUCUCUUUGCUGUAAUUAUUUCAAAUGUCGAAUAUAAUUCUCAUUUCAGAGUGAUGGUUUACCAUCUUUCAGCCGAUGAUCACAAUCAGCAUUUAAAAGGGAAUGUGAAGAAAACCAUGGCAAAUGACAAAUUAUCUUAAAGACGCAAAAUUGUGUCAAAAUUAAAAAGUUAUUUCGCAUGCCUUAAGUCUCACUCGGUUUUAGUUUUAUGAGAAUCAUGUACCAUGCUCCGAGGUAUACGUAGCUCGUUUCCACAUUCUUAACUUCUGCUUGAUUGGGAUAUGGAUGUAGCGUCAACAUGGCCAAUACGUGGGGAGACUACAGUGUAUACUGAAUUUCGUAAACCGUCUUAGUACAUUAAGAUAAAAAAAAAAUGAAUUGAAAAGAAAAAUCGUGUAACGAAAUGAGAGCCUAUGCACCCCAUGUUGAUGUUCUUAAAAUUCCCUCUCAUUAUCCAAAACGGCUUACGCGUUUUGGGUCACGUGGUAAGAAAAGGCCCAGAGAAGCAUUGAGACCGAGAAGGCCUUGGCAGACGGUACUACAAGGACAGUACUACGAUAGGCCACUUUCGAUAUAUCAGAAUUCAUCAUAAAAAUGAGUUCUAGAGGGCAAAAACAAAAAUAAGAUAAGAUAAGAUAAGCUGCUUUAACAAGGGUUACACGUGACAGUAAUUAAAAUUACUGAUAAAUUUGUGGCCCUCUGAAAAUAAAUAUGCCAAUAUGCCAAUAAAUAAAUAAAUAUAUAAAUAUUAAAUGAAUGAAUAAAUAAAUAAAGGAAUAAAGAUGUUAUUCAAUUUUUUGUUUCAAGCGUCCCGAGACUCCCUAUCAAUUUGAAUGUUAUAAUAUUUGAAAGAGGCUUAUUGUAGUAAAGAAAAGUCGAAAUAUUCAUUUAGUUAAGCUCGCAUGUUGACAUUUUCAGAAGCGCAGGACGUGGCAUAAAGUCAAUUAAAAUAAUAAACAGCAAUUAGAUAAAAGCAAACAUAAAAUGGUUCUAAGAAAGAAACGAAUAGCAACUCAACUCUGGGCAAAGUUGGUUUCUAAGAAAUCCGAAGGUUUUGAGCCUUAGUCAACUUGUCGUACGUUGUUUCCUUAAAUAGUUAAACCGCCACUUUGAAAGCUUUUAUAAAAUUAACUUCAUCUGUUGUUUGGCUACGAAAGCAAAUAUUACUGCAGGUGUAAUAACCUCUCUCAAAUAAGCAUGUGUUGCAUUUAUUAGGCUAUGAUGGACACUACCAGUCUUCCUCUAAUAUGACUUGAAGUAUUAAAAUUCAUGGUUAUUAAUAAGACUGAAAAUUUCACCUCAGUUUUUAUCUUGCACUAAGUUCCUUUAAGAAGUUACGCACAAUUCUAAAUCCUGGCGAUAAUCGGUCAAAAACAGAGAAAAGAAGACAAGGAAAUUAAAAAUUUUUACCAUAGCAGACUGUAAAGGAGUUCACUUUUCGACCGUAAGUGUUGAUACGUCGUUAUUCUACUGAUUCUAUCGUUACUUGUAUAAUUACUCGCCAUAUAUUGUCGAUUGAUCUAGUUGAAAGGUUUCCUAGAAAUAGAACAAUAAUUAUUUUAUGGGAUCAGAAACCGAAACGUAUUUUACUUCAAACUUUGUCUUUUUAUCAUUAACAGUAAGAAAUCAUUUGCAUCAGUUGCGCAAACUGAAACUUUUUCUUUUACGAAAAGUAAGUAAACGUUGUAAGCUCAUCGUGUAUAUGUAAAGAGACCACUGAAUCUAAUUUCUAACAUAUUAACUACACUCAUGCCAUAGCCAUUUAGCCAUAUAUGAGUUCUUUCAAUUUCAAUUUUUUUGUCGCGCGUGAGACGUGCGUGAAUCGCAGAGCGACGCAGAAACACAAGCUGUGGCUUUUCAAGAUAUGCUUGGUGUCAGUAAUGACGUCAUCAAGCGACUAACUAUGUCCGUUGUUUUGACUUCUUCACAGCCGUUUCGGCGAUCAAGAAAUGGUUCUGGCAAUAUAUGUCGAACGUAGAAGUAUUUUCUGAUCAUAAACAACUCAGGCAAUUUAAUUUGGUCCGGUGGCUGUAUGUACAAUUAAGAGCAAAUUCGAGAUAAAAGAACAUUAGUUCAGGUGCAUCUCACUUUGAAUUCAUGUUACACUGAGGCAAACCCACAAUGGGUUGGUUCUUUCUCCGCCAAUCGAUCAGAGACUGGUUUCAGCUCCGUAGUCGAUUGGCCGCGGAACUCGAGAGUUUAAUUGGCAUGCGAAGACAAUAAAAAGAAAAAAAAGAAGAAGAAGAAGAAGAAGAAGAAGAAGAAGAAGAAGAAGAAGAAGAAGAAGAAGAAGAAGAAGAAGAAGAAGAAGAAGACCGGCAAGGCUUUCUUUGAGCACAACACAGAGUCUCACGAGGGUCUUGAGAGUAGUAGUUAAUUCCAUGGGAAUUAUAUCGUGCAAUGCCGAUUCUCGGCAGAAUUUUAUAUUUACAUGCAUUAGUGGAUAUUUUAUCUUACCGCCACCUACACUUGAUUACGUUUAACUUAAAUCAACGUUUAGCAUUUAAGGCUAAGUUGCUCCCUUCAAAAAGAUUUCAACUAUAUCCGGGAGACUUGAAUCCCAGCUGUAAGGCCCCCUUAUAUGGAGAAAAUAUGUAAGGAGAAAAUGUGUCCCUAAGUAGAAGUAUCAUCCUUCAAGCCGAGUCUUCGUUUCAGGCUCUAGGCAGCCUACUGAAUUGAGAAAGCGCGAACGAGAAAAUAAAACGGGAGAAAACUGCCAACGUUUCGCGCACCUUUUACUUUCGCGUCUUCCCCACUAUCUGAGAGCCUGCUGGAACAGGAUAGCGUUUAUAUGAAGAAAACGUUGACCCCUUUGCUCGAGACAACAGCGCUCGCGCUUGUUCUGGUUGUCUAUCCUACAGCGCGCGCACAUUCUCUUAUUUUCUCGCCUUGAACGGGAGAAAAGUUGGCCCGGCAAUUGACCGGUGACCUAGCCGAACCAACAUUUUGUUUCAGUCAUAUCAACGGUUCGCCACGUAGUUUUAAGUGAAAAGGUAAAGGGUGUCCCAAGCCAGUCUACUUCAAUUAAGCGCUCUUAAGAGAACAGACGACUGACUAAAGCUGAAAAAUUUUAAGUAAUGCAAAUUUUAGGUUAGCUGUCACAAAGGUCUUGCACGUAUGUUUGGGUGGUGCGUGAAUUAAACUUAAAUAUAAGUAGACAUUUAUAUGCUUUUUACUAAAAUCAAAUGGAACUAUUAAAGCUGUAACUUAUACUUAGAUUAAAAUCCAUGUUUACCGAUGGUCUGUUGUGUACAUUUUGCCACCUGUGAUUAUUAUCUUGGAAAAAUAAAAGUCACGUGACAGGCUAGAGCGGUCACCAAGAAUAGUUCUGUCGUCGUUAAAGACAUUUAUUUUUUUGUUUCUUAAGCUAGGUCUCAGGAAACGCCGUGCAAUUUGUGUUUCCCCUCCCAACUCGUAAUUUACUAACCCCAUGGUUCUUUUCUUUCUUCUCCUUGAACAUUGGUCAUUAUUUGUAAAUUCGGUUUUUUGUUUUAUAACAUUCUUUUUUCCUAGAUAAUAAAGUUACGUGAAUAGAAGAGAAAGCAACACUCACUGUUGGAUAAAUAGUACAUUUGGGGAUGAACGAAUGCAGUGUUUUCAAUGAUUCUUAUGUGCUUUCUGAAACAGAAGAAUACAGGAUAUGGUUUGCAAGUUAUGUCACUGCAAUAGUUUUCAUUGUUUUAUUAAACGCCUUUACACUCGCCACCUUUGCAAGUAACCACCAAUUACGCAAACACAGUACGUACCUGAUAAUAAAUCUGACUGUGGCUGAUUUACUAUUUGGAACAGCUGAAGGCCUGUUAUUCAUAUUGGAACCAGCUAUCCUUGAGAGGUACCUGCCAUGUUCUACAGAAGAGUGGUUCAGCUGGCAAGAACUUAUGUUACUGACUUUGUAUUUCCUAUUUCCGGUAGCCUCCUUAGUCUAUAUUUUAUUGAUUUCUUUAGAAAGGUUACACGCUACAAUAUAUCCUUUCAAGCACUGCCUUAUUGGAGGAAAGGUUUACUUUAGGAUUAUUGCCUUUAGUUGGUUGCUGGCUUUCCUUCUAGCCUUUGUGUUUGCUUUUCUUUUUUUGCGUUUGUCGUUUGUAUUCCCAUACGUAUAUACAUCUUUCGCGUUCAUCACCCUUCUAAUUCUCGCAGUCUCUUAUGUUAGGAUUAUUCUAAACGUCUAGAAACAUCCUCACUCGGCACAGAAUUUUGGCUCGUUACUUUCGGAGGAGAGAAAACUAUCGCUAACUUUAUUUAUAAUGACUGUGGCCUCGUUACUGACCAUUCUUCCUGCCGUUUUUUGGGAUGCCACAAUAAACCACUUAUCGCUAGAUCAAGUUUCACCAACGAUAGAUGAUCGUGUCCCUUAUACUUUUGACGCAUUAUAUUUAUUCAGGCCUAUCUUGAACCCCCUUAUUUAUGCUAUAAGAAUGUAG